AUGAUCGCUUCCAAUCCGCCAAAGAAGCCUUCUAACACGUGCGUGACUUGUCGCGCACGCAAGGUCCGCUGCGAUGGGCAACGCGACAUCUGCAACAACUGCAUGCGACUAGGCUUCACCUGCUCCUAUGACGACUCCAUCCCAACCCACAACAACGCAACUCUCUCCGCCGCGGGCAUGAAUUCCGACGGCACCUCCGCCAGCGACGCUCUCACAAUACAUGCCGUCGCCUCUCAUCCCCCGCGCCGCCGCGUCCGCCAGGCCUGCCAGAGCUGUCAUUCGAGGAAGGCAAAAUGCAGCGGCACCAUGCCCAAAUGCGACAGGUGUCGCACUCACAACCUUGAGUGUGUCUACCGUCCCUCCAAGCGGUCCCGUCUCAGCGCCACUCCCGGCGCAUCGUCCUCUCAGCAUGGUCGCGAUUCUCUCAUCGGCGAUAGUGCCUCCGCGAUGCUUGCCUCAGGAGGCGCCGGCAGAGACGACUACCUCUCAGACCAGAGUCGCAGCACCUCUGAUCACCUCGAAAGCAACGGCCUCGCCGAUCUUCGCCAUCUCCCACCGCCCGAAGAAUCCCUCAUCAUCCGCACAUUCGAAAAGUUCUUUCGCCAUGUUCACCAUAUCGCACUGUUCUCCUUUCUGCACCAGGCAUCUCUGAUGCAGAGAUACCACUCCGGCUCCAUGGACCGGCCUCUUCUCCUGUCUUUGAUCGGAAUCACAUCCAUACUGACCGACCUCGGACCUGGUGCGCGGGAAUACGGCAACAGGUGCGUCGCUGCUGCCGAGAGUCUCAUCCAGCGCGAUCUCGGUCGACCCACGGUGCUGAAGAUCCAGGCCCUGGUUCUCAUCAUCAAACACCGUAUCUUUUGCCGACGUUUCUCCGACGCCUUCAUGCUCACGGGGCUGGCAUCCCGGUUCGCGGCUGCCCUGCAGCUCAACCACGAAAACCCUAGGCUCUGCUUUUUGGCUCAAGAGUCCCGACGGCGGUUGAUGUGGUCUCUUUUUAUGAUUGAUAUCGGGAUGGCAGCCGGCCACCCUGACUUCACCCUAUGGGCCCACCGGCCCGAGUGCAUAGACCUUAAGCUGCCGUGUAAUGAACGGAACUUCGAAUACGAUCUGCCUGAAGUCACCGAAUCGCUGGUACCGCCGCCCCGUCAGUCGGAUGGCAGUCUGCCCCCGCUGACUGAUAAGGUUGGGUUUCUGGCGCUUCAUAUUCGUAUCCAGUGGAUUCGCAGCAAAAUCCUGGCCUUUUCGAAGACACUUGUGCUUCCAAGACCUGGUGGGUGGGAUUUGAAAGCAUUGCCCCGCAAGUGCGAGGAGCUUCAAGAGGACCUCAAUGGCUUCGAGGGACGCUUGCCGCCGCAAUUCAAAUGGAAUGAGGCCAAUCUUCGGCUGCGGGCAUACCAUCCACGACUGUGUGUCUACCUCAUGACGCAUUUAUGGUGGGAGCAAUGCCACUGUGACCUGUAUCGAAUCGCGCUGGUGGGGAGGAGAGACAGUCUCUCUAAGGAGGCGAUUUCCAGGAUGGAUCCCGCGUUCGUCAAAUAUUGUCAGAGGCAGUGUUUUGAGCAUGCCAAAGCAAUGGCUGAAAUGCUCGACAUGGUACUGCAGAAGGGCGUUCCUGUGUCUGACCUAGAUCUGCCCGUGUUGGCUUAUCAAUGCGCCAACACACUGUACUACACCCUCGCAUCUUGUGGGGACGAACAUGGCCUCUCACACGCAAAUGUGACAGAAAUGGCAGCGACUUGCCUCAAAGUUGUGAAGCAAUCUGCUCCUGGCCCUGCUGCUGCUGCUAUUGCCGAGGCCCUUGAGAAACUCAUAGAGACUGGUUGGGUAAGACCGACCCUCCCGAGCAACGUGACCUCGCCUGUAUCCAUGACACCUGCGAAUCAUGACGCGUUGGCCGUGGACCCGAUGCUCCAGCGUGACGCCCUCCAAGAAGCGGACGUUGCCCACCAGCUGUAUAACCCAUCGAUACCACAAAACCUGCCACCACAGAGCGAAUCACCCGGUCAGGCAAUGGCCACGGAUGUGACGCAGCCACAGGCACCAAUGCAACCACCGACGCCCGCAGUGCUUCGCGAUGACGAAUCAAUACCCGUUGCCCAAGCGAAUAUGAUGUCCGGGGUAACGCCCAACCUGAGCAACGCCUUCGAAGGGGCCUUGGAUGGCUCAAAUUUCGGCAUGGGUGGUCUGGAGCCCUUUGCGAUGGAUUCAUCGAGCUGGUAUACAGGGGACUGGUCGAACGGCGGGCUAAUGUAG